ACUGGCUAACAGCUUUGUUAUUUGCCGUUUUAACUUAUACGGCCAAAUAUUACUAUUUCUAUUUUACCCGGCCUAAUCCUUUACCAGGCCCACUUCCACUUCCCUUAAUUGGUAAUCUCUAUCUGUCUCGUAGUGAUAUGAGCAUGGUAUUCUAUAAACUUCAAAUAAAAUAUGGAGAGUUUAUGGAAUUUUACAUGGGUUCACAACGUAAAAUUUGGAUAGGAGAUCCAAAACUUCUCAAAAAAAUUCAUAAUCCAUCAAUGAAAACAAAUUUUCCAAAUCGUACUGAUGGCCCUUGGCUUGAUGAAAUAGGAAUAACUAAUAGAGGGAUCGGACUUAAUAAUAAUUUAGAAUAUUGGAGAUCUAAUAGGACAGUACUUACACAAGGUCUUAUGGUACCUUCGUUCUUAAAACAAUAUCUCAAAGAACAAGAAAAA